CGAUAUAUCGAAAUAUAUCGCGUAGUAAAUCGAUACUGUAAUUUUCUUGCCUGCAAUGUGCCCAGCUGGCAAUUGUCAAAUACGUUUAAGAAAUAAGUUCAAAUAAUAAAUAGUGUUUAAUUAUGGAGGGUGAUCGUACAAAAAACACUGAUUCGCAGUUUAUUUCGUUCCAUGAUUUCUCUACGAUGAAUCAACAAAGCAACGUUGGUCAAGCACAACUUGACAUUGGUGCUUCCACUCAUCAAAAUUUUAAUAAUUUACCUAAUGAUUCUACAGGAAUCGGUAUUCUUGAAGAUCUAGAAGGCAUCCCCAACAGAAAUGAAGUGGAUCAAUCCCAAUACAGUUUUUGGACUUUAGAAUACUAUCAAAAGUUUUUUAAUGUUAAUACAAAAGAUGUAAUAGAGCGUAUCAAAAGAUCAAUGUUUCCGCAUAGUACAGAAAAUUAUUUGGUUACGCACAUUAGACCCAAUCCAGACUUAUAUGGUCCAUUUUGGAUAUGUGUUACUUUAGUAUUUUCUGUUGCAAUAAGCGGUAAUAUGGCUAACUAUUUACAAACAGCCAGUUCUAGUCAUUAUCAUUGGAGAUAUGACUUCCAUGUAAUCUCCUAUGCUGCUACUUCGAUAUUCUUAUAUGCUUGGUUAUUACCGCUUGCAUUAUGGGGCGCAUUGAAGUGGACAACGAGUACAAGGAAUACAGAAGAAGAAUUGAUAGAAUCAUACGCAUCUCCAGGGCUUUUGGAGCUCAUAUGUCUUUAUGGAUAUUCUUUGGCCAUCUACAUUCCAGUUGCAUUCUUGUGGACGAUACAGAUCGGUUGGUUACAAUGGAUUUUAGUAAUAGUUGCCACUUUUAUGUCGGGUGGUGUUUUACUUCGUUCAUUGUAUCCAGUUAUAUCAGGAAAGCAUAGAAUCAUAUACAUCACCAUUAUCCUUGGUAUGCAUCUUCUUCUGGCGACAGGCUUUAUGAUAUGUUUCUUUCACGUGCCAUCUAAAACCUCGCCGCAACACCCUAUAGAAAUCUUAUCUUCCACGUUACCGUCUACAGGAAAAAUGCAGAUAUUGAUGGAAAAGAUAGUGUCUAAUGCGACGGAAAAUACAUUGCAUGUGAAAAACAAACUUUUACAUCUUUCGCAGUCUACCACUGUAGCGCAGGUCACGUAAAAAUUCGUAUUUAGUAGAUUUGUGCUAGAAAGCGGGUAUUGUAUAAAUAUGAUGGACAUUGUAUGUAUGGUGUUUGUGUUACUAGGACGCAACCUUGCACGCGUAAAACCACGGCGAAAUAUACCCGCAUGCAAUGUGUUAAAAUUUAAAGAAUUUUGCGAGACGAUGAUCCGUUUAUAAACAUAAGUAUAAUAAACGUAUUCGAAUGAAUCGUACAAAUCGCACAUCAUAUUAAAGAAAAUUUACAAAAAAUUAUAAAAUUUUAUGUUUUUAGAGAAAGAAAAGAUAGAUCUUGUUUGUACUAUACUUUUAAAAAUCAGUUAUACAAAUAAUGAAGUAUAAAAAAAAAAGACAAUUAAGAAGCUAAACUCCAGAAUUCCUUAUACCAUAUUAAUAAUUGUUUUGAUACGACAAAGUAUUUACCCUUUUUCGUAAUAAGUAUUUCUAUAUAUAUAUACAUACACCCACACAUAGACACACGCAUAUAUAUAUAUAUUUAAUGUUUAGGAAAAAAAAGUGAAUA